AUGGAUUUUGUUUCAGGUCUUCCACGAACUCGCGAUGGUCAUGAUAGUAUUUGGGUGAUUGUGGAUCGACUCACCAAGUCUGCCCAUUUCUUACCUGUUAACAAGACUUACGGGAUGAACAAGCUGGCGGAACUUUAUGUUAAUGAAAUCGUGAAACUUCAUGGACCACUCGUGUCCAUUGUCUCUGAUAGGGAUCCUCAUUUCACCUCAAAAUUUUGGAAGAGUCUGCAUGAGGCUUUAGUGGGAGAAAGAAAGCUCAUAGGUCCAGAGAUUGUGCGGAUUACCACCGAAAAGGUUAAGUUGAUCAAGGAGAAACUCAGGGCAGCUCAAAGUAGGCAAAAGAGUUAUGCGGAUAACCGCAGGAAAAACUUGGAAUUUCAAAAGGGUGAUUGGGUGUUCUUGAAAUUGUCCCCUUGGAAGGGCGUUGUAAGAUUUGGAAAGCGGGGGAAGCUCAGUCCUCGAUUCAUUGGACCUUUUAUGAUUAAAGAACGAGUUGGCCCAGUUGCAUACAAAUUAAUUCUACCUCCGAGGUUAUCAAAGAUUCAUGAUGUCUUCCACAUGUCCCUGCUCCGCAAGUAUAUUGCUGAUCCCUCUCAUGUCUUAGAAGAGCAGCCCAUUCGUUUGAAGGAGGAUCUUACUUAUGAGGAGAAACCGAUCCAGAAACUCAACAAGAGAGAGCAGGUCCUUAGAAACAAGACGAUACCUUUAGUUAAAGUUUUGUGGAGUAAUCAUUUGGUAGAAGAAGCUACUUGGGAACCGGAAGACCUGAUGAGACGACAGUACCCCCAUUUGUUCUGA